GUGAAUAUGAUGAGGAUAUUGAUAUUUUUAUUAGUCGAUUAUCAUCAUAUUUAGCUAGCACUGGUAUAGACCCAGUUGCCAAUCGGGAUCAAGCAUUUGGUAUUCUUAGAGAGUGUCUACAUGGGCGAGCAUUAGAAUGGUUUGAUCGAAAAAUUCUUGCUCAGGGGGGUGAACCUAUAGGAGACUUUUACUCAAAACUCUUAAAAUAUGGAAAAAUGCUUAAUCUUGAUGAGCAACAGAUUAAGGGACAAUUUCUAAGAGGUUUGUCUCCAGACUUGGAGGAUGAUGCGGAACGCAUUGGUACUGAGCAACCAUUAGCUGAUCUUU